UUGGUAAUGUUCUCGGUUGCUGUAGGUACACAAAUACAACUAGUUAACUAGACAACUUGACAUAGAGGAUUUCGUGUGUCGAAAUUGACAGGGUGGAGUAGUGAAAUAAAAUUGUGCUUGACGUUGUUGAGUGACCUUGGCGUCUUGGGAUACCCAUUAGAACUCCCAGAUUUCGGUUGGAUCGCGCACAAACCGGCAUUAUGGGGGAAACAUUGAGUAGAAGUAUGCAGCCUGAAGGGUUGACGAUUUUCAAAGAAUUACCGACGGAUACUCUGCUGGACAAUAUACAGAUCCCUGAGAAGCCGGAAAACAGACGAUUAACUGAUUCCAAAUUCAUAAUAGUUUUUCCCGUGGUUUUAGUACUUUUUCUUCCUUUCUUGAUAUACACCCUGGUCCAUUCAGAUAUCGACAGAUUUUGGGGAUAUGAUCAGUGCGGGAACAUUUGCGGCAAGAAGAACUCAAAACAAGGUAGCAUCGAAUGUUCAGGACAAGACUUUAGCAGUCGACCAUUGUUACAAGUAGAUGUGAGUCGUAAUGAUAGUCCAGACUUAAAGUGUGUUGAAAAAUGUUCGAUUAAUUCAGUGGAAGGUUUUGGAAGAUGCUACGUGCAACACACCUACUAUAUCCCUCCUCCCAAAUACAACUUCAGCACAAGUUUCGACAAUUUCGAAAGAAAAGCUGACUCCGAAACCACAUCAUUCAUAGAAAAACUUCUACAUGGGUUCGCUGACUAUUUGAAAAGGCAUGCCUGGAGGAUUGUGCUCUGCUGUUUUCUAUCCCUGAGUGUGGCCUCGGGUAUGUUGGUUCUAUUCAGAGCUGCAACUGCUGUAGUUGUAUGGGGUAUUUUAGGAGGAGUCGUUCUUUUUGGAGUAUUUUGUGUUGUUGGACUUUGGAUUUUCUGCGUCUUCACGGUUGGAACCAUGCCUAUAGGAAUCAGCAUAGGUUUAUUUGUCUUCAACAUUUUAUUCAAGAUAUGCUUGCUGGUCCUGAUUUGUAUUCUAGUCUUCCUGCACAAAAAAAUUAAAUUGGUCAUUCAGCUGCUGAAGGAAACCACCAAAGCUGCUUUCAGUAUGCCACUAAUCUUUUUCACUCCAAUUAUAGCCUUCUUUUCGGAAGUUAUCAUCGUCGCCCUCCUGAUCACGACCAACUUCUACAUGUCCUCUUCGGGUAUCCUGACACCAUUAAUACGCAAUUUCUACGAGUACCAAAUGAACGGGGCUAUGGUCUUCACUUUAAUCUUCAACUCUUGGAUGGCCUUCUGGGGAGUUCAAAUCGUCAUCGGCAUCCAGUACAUGGUCAUCGCAGGAGCUGUCACCACUUGGUAUUUCUCCCAAAAUAAGCAUAACUUGGACAGUCCUAUAAUAAGAAGUGCGGCCAUUGUUUUCCGUUUCCAUCUUGGCAGCAUCUUUUUCGGUUCUAUGAUCAUCACUAUUAUAGCGAUUGUUCGUGGUCUGCUUUCCUCUGUAACCAAGUACAAGAAUAUCAGAUCGUGCGUUGGCUGUUUCACAGGCUCCAUCGAAUCCUUCCUCAGGUUCUUGUCCAAAAACUCCUACAUCUUGACAGCAAUGCACGGAAAGCCGUUUUUCAAAUCUGGCAAGAGAGCAGCAAAGAUCAUCUUCCACAACGUUGUCAACAUCGCUUCCGUCAACUACAUUGGAGGUUUCGUAUUGGGAAUGGCUCAGCUUCUGAUCGUUUUGAUAUCUUUGCUAAUUACUGCCGGGGUCAUGUGGGGUGCUGUGAAAAAUGAUUAUGACAUAAUUUAUGCCUUUGCAGUUUUUGUCAUUGUCCUCAUUGUGUAUAUAGCAAUUGCCGUCACUUUCUUCUCAAUAUUCGAGACCAUCAUCGAUACGAUCUUUAUGUGCUUCUGCGAGGAUAGUCUUCUGAACGACGGUAUGUCGAGACCAUACGCCAUGUCCAGGGAUCUGAUGGAAUUUGUGGAACACUCCAAGCAGCUGUACAGGGGACGCACGAACACCAAUGUAUCGGGUGGUUAAAUUUGAAAGACCGAUGUUGAUUUCGAAUAAAACACAAAUUAUUUAGGGAA